AUGCGUACUUUUAUUGGAUUUACAUUACCAUCUAUUUCCCUCGGUUAUUUGGUAUUCGCUGCACUUGAUCGAUGCUUAGCAACAUCACAAAGUACACGUCUUCGUUCGUUUAGUCAAAUAAAAGUAGCACAUCGUUUGACAUGUGCGCGGAUUCUUCUUUACAUCUUUACUACUGCACAUCAGCUCUAUUAUUAUGAUUUACGACCGAAAUGUGCACCACUACCCGGGAACUACUCAAUUUUUAUGUCAGUCUACAAUAUUGUCUGGACAAGUUUAGUUCCACAAAGUAUCAUGCUCACAUUUGGUCUUGUCACGUUCUACAAUAUGCGAGCAAGUCGUCGACGUUUGAUCGUUCAAGGUGCACAACAACGGAAUCAAUUACGAAAUAGAAUCGAUACUCAUUUCAUUACCAUUGUGCUCGUUCAAGUGUUGACCAGUUCCAUUUUACUCAAUAUUCGGACAGCAUACGCUUCAUACUCAAUACUCUCAACGAAUCUCGUCAAAGACAAUCAACGACUUGCUCUUGAGUCAUUGCUCUUACAAGUAUCGAGCUUAAUUUUCUAUUUAAAUUUCGCUAAGAGUUUCUUCUUCAAUACACUGACAAGCAAGCUCUUCCGUCAAAUCUUGUGUGAACGUGUUUUAGCCUGUUUCAAUCUUAAGAGAUCAUGGAAUACUCGUAUUCAACCAAUCCAAAUAAAACAUAUCGCGUCAAAUCAAUCGAAUAAUAUAUGA